GGCACGUCGCAGAGCAUGGCAGCUACUAUGGUCUCAUUUACCUAUUUAUAUCUGUGUUUCGGACUUUCUGGCGACUUUGUUUGAAUUUCUUUGUUUUGUUAAAAUUGUGUUUGAAGACUCAAUUUAAACUUUUUAAAUGAAACUUUUAAUAGGACGUCUGGUGAAAAUGUUUUUCCGUGUUGUGGGCGGGUCCUUUUUCCUAUGAGACACUUUUCCGGAAAUGCUUGCAUGCUUGGUGAUGGCCGAACUACCGAGGAAGUUACAGGCCUGCCUGGUGGUCAUCUCCGGGAUUUUAACCUGCUGCUGCACUGGAUCAACCAUUUUCAAAAAGGUGGGUGAUGAAGUUGUCCUUAGGCCUGAUGCGGCUCCUGAGACCAGCCCCGUAAAAAGCAUCGUGUGGAAUCACGGAGAUGACAUCGCCAUCCAGUGGGAGGACGGACAAAGCACGGAGGUGUAUCGCCAGUUCAAAAGCCGCACUAGGCUGAACUACGCCAACGGGGAGUUGACCAUCACAGGGUUGAUGCAGAAUGACAGUGGCUUGUACACACCCGAGAUCAACUUAGUCUCCACUGCACCGACUCAUCUCGCUGUUCUAUUGCCCGUCCCUGAGCCUACUAUCCAAAAGUCCUGUGAUGCUGAGAUGACGGAGUGCACUUUGACGUGUGCUGGCAACACCACAGGUGCCGAACCCGUCAAUUACACCUGGACGGUUGUCGAGUCAGAGAAAACCAACUUGCCCAAGGACUACAAGGACUACAAAGUUCAAAAAGACAGUUUGGGCGAAGGCGAGAUCAGCUGCGAGAUGAAGAAUCCAGUCAGCAAAAAUGUCAGCCCGUCUACUCCCAACCCGUUCCACACUGGCGGAGAGAGCAUGAAGCUCAACACGGGACUGACGGUCUUCAUCUGUAUGCUGACUGCAGUGGUGCUGCUGGUGCUCUUACACAAAUGUAGAACAGGCAUGUGGUUCUUCCAAAAAGAGUCUAAUCCGUGGGAAGCAGACUUCUGGAGGAGGACGGAGAGGCAACGCGGAGACGCUCUUGAAUCAAACGGCAGAACAAGCCAUCAAGAAAUAGCACAAACAGAAGAAGAGGAAGCACCAAUGACAUAGGUGGUCCAAAACCUUGCAUUUAGCAGCAAUCUGAUGGUGGUUAGUGUGAGCGAGAGCCAUACCAUAACUGUCUACCGCCCCGAUUUUGCCAGGAAAUCCCUAUUUUGUCCUUCUUUCCCAGCAACUUCCUGGUCCCGUUUACCCCCAAUCCCCUGGAUUUUGCUCUCCAUGAAAAGCUAUGGGGUCCGUUUGACUCAAGCCUCGCAUGGCGAGUUGCAUGUUACGUGAGUCAAUCAAAUCAAAAACACGAGAGAUGAUGUACAUGAAGACGACGGAGUAGACAUUUCUGCCAACUUUGUGCAAAUAUCUUAAAAAAUGGGAGACAUUAUCUUUACCUAAAGAGCAUGCAGCUAGUCACACUACAUUCACCUCAUGCUUUCUGUAACAUAGGUUAGCCAGCCUAAAAAUGUCUCAACUAGGGAUGUUCUGAUCAGGGUUUUAUGCUGCCUAUUCGGUUGAUAACAAUCACAUGUAUUUAUUUUUAUGAUGAGUGCUAUUGACUGUGUAAGAAUAUCAAUAUAGUAUUUAAACUUCCUUAUUUUAGUUUAUUAAAUACAAUUAUUUGAUAUAAAGUCAAUAAUGCACACUAACUUUAAACCAGUUCAUUAUUUUAGUUUAUUAAAUACAAAUAUUUGAUAUAAAGUCAAUAAUACACAAUAACUGAAACUAAACUAAACUACUACUCUUUUAAAUCCUUCGGUUUUUGCCUUCAACGUCCUCCUGUGUCCAAGGAAUAGUUCGCUAAAUGUGUAAACAUUAAUGAAAACAAAACAUUAUUUUGAGAAAAUGAAAAUAUUGACCUACUGUAAUCACUCUAGUAUCGAUCAUAUACUGAUGCUACCCUUAGUAUUGACACUGCCAACCAAUUUAUGGAUGAUCCGCUCUCUAACAUGUGUACUGCGACAACGCUGACACACCAAGGGUUGUUAAAUUAUCCUCUCUAUAGACUAUUAUUAAAAAUCUACUUAAGAUAUUAAAUGCAGUUGUAUUUGUUGUAAUGGAGGUUAUCAUUAGCAUAGGGUCGGGCUCCAAACGGUGUGUAGGGACACAAUUAGCUGCUAGUUGCUCGUCAGUUGGGGGACUAAAAAUAAAUACAGUGUCAGAAAGAGGGGAUCGACGUUUUUGAUCGACAUUUAGGCAUUUGCCGAUCAAAUACUUAAAUGUGAAUCGGCCAAUACUAACUGCUGGCCGAUCGAUCGGCACAUGCCUAGUCUCAACCAUAAGCAUUUACGCAAUGUAACAGGUUUUCUCACUUGGGAAUCCUUAUAUAUUUCAUAUAUUAUGAUAAUAUCAGACACACUAAAAACCUAUGGUGCAGUAGUUAGUGACACUAUGUUGUGAUUCACAGGAUAUGGGUUUGAGUCCUGUUAAGAACCGUUUUAUUUAACACGUAUUCUAAUAAAAGUGUUUUGAAGGUCUAGUCCUGUUACACAAAAGACACUUCAGUUUACCCAUACUGUAUCCAUACCAGUUUGCCUACCGCAGCAACAGAGAGCACAGACAACGCGGUCUCCACAGCCUGACACUCUCUACUCACACAUCUGGAUAACAACAUAGUUCAGUAUUCAAUACUGUCAUUCCAUUAAAACUGGUUACCAACCUUGGGCACCAUCAACCUUUGUUAAUGGAUAAUGAAAUUUCUGACCAACAGGCCACAGCAUGUUAGUUCAGGACAUACCUGCUCCUCCGCUCUCAUACUCAAAACAGGCAUACCACAGGGCUAUGUGCUUGGUCCCUUUCUCUAUUCCCUCUUCACCCACGUCUUUACACCUGUGCAUGUAUCCAACUCAAUUACAACAUUUACAAAUGACACUUGGGGGAUUGGCCCCAUCAGUAAUACAAUGAGACAGCCUACAGGUUGGGGGUACAACGUUUGGCUGCUUGGUGUGAGGAUAAUAACUUGCUACUUAAAACUCCCUCAAAAUUAUAGAACUCAUUGACUUCAGGAAGAAAAGAGGCACAUCAAAGUCCAUAUAGCACUCAUCAUUGACUUCAGGAAGUUAAGAGGCACAUCAAAGUCCAAUCAAUGUAACUCAACGGCUGUGUAACGAGUCUUCAGAAUUCAAUUUGUUGGUAUCCACAUAACUGAGGACCUCUCCUGGUCCUUCAACCUGGUCAAAGUUCAUCAGCGCCUCCCUUUUCCAGAAGUCACUAAGGAUGCACCUCAAGGAUACUCAAGAGCUUCAAUUGAGAGCAAUCCAACCAGCUGUGUCACAGUCUGGUAAGGGAACUGCACUGUAGCAGACCAAGCGGUCUGGCAAAAAAAUCAUAUACUGUAAAGACUCACUCUACUUACAGACAUUGAGGAUGUUGAGAAGAAACAUUGCAUGCAUCAAACGCACAACAUCCUCAAGGACACCUCAGACACUGCCCACGGUCUGUUCACCCUCCUGGACUAAAACUAGCAGGAACAGAUUUUCCCCAGAACUCUCACUGCAAUUUGUCUUUUAAUUGAUUUAAUGGCGAUUUGUGCAAAAAAUGAAAACCCCUUAUUUGUACCCAUUUUCCCUGGAAAUCUAUCUAUUUUGAAACAAUUGUUGAUAUGGUAUUACGAAAGUUUGGACAGAGAAAGAAGGGAAUAAUGCGUAGUUCAGAAUUGCCACGUGAACUUGAGACAAUACAAGGAAAUCCUGCAGUGUCGGCCAGCAUACCUUACACAGACUGACACCAGGAGUACACCAGUACAGUGUGCUGUCCUGCAGCAUCCGUGUGAGGAGGGAAUGCACUCAUAACAGACGGGGGAGGGGGGGUGCGUGGAAGAGACCAUUGUCAAUUAACAAUUGUAUCAUUGUGCACAUCUGAUAUGUUUUAAUUGAAUGCAUUUUUCAUUUCAACACUAACCCACUUUUAACUUUUUCUUUUGCAUUUGAUACUGUAAUAUUUUUUUUUAAAUGCACUCUCAAACGAAACAAAAAUAGACACUAGACAGUUAAGCUGCAAUUAAAAUGGUUUAAUUUAAAAAAAAAGAUAGACGUGUGUCAAUUUCAAAUACACCCACAUGCACUAAGUCGAAAUGUUUCACUACUAAGUCUGUAGAUGUUUUCUGCAAAAAGAAAAUGACUCUGUAUCAAAAAUGGUGACAAUGCUUUCUAAUAAUAAAUUUCCUACCACAAA